CUGAACUUCCUGAAGCUCUGCAAAGUCAAGUACUACAACUAUUGUCUUAUUUACAAUGUGCAGAGGGAUUUUAUUAUACAAACUGGUGACCCCAUGGGUACUGGCCGUGGAGGGGAAUCCAUAUUUUGUCAACUGUAUGGUGAUCAAGCUAGAUUUUUUGAGGCAGAAAAAGUGCCGAGAAUCAAGCACAAGAAGAAGGGAACUGUGUCAAUGGUGAACAAUGGCAGUGAUCAGCAUGGAUCACAGUUCCUUAUUACUACAGGGGAAAACCUGGAUUACCUUGAUGGUGUACAUACAGUAUUUGGGGAAGUGACAGAAGGCAUGGAUGUAUUGAAGACAAUUAAUGAAGCCUUUGUAGAUAAGGACUUUAUCCCAUAUCAAGAUAUCAGGAUAAAUCACACAGUAAUUUUGGAUGACCCGUUUGAUGAUCCACCUGGCUUGUCUGUUCCUGAUCGCUCACCAGAACCUACUAAGGAGCAGCUCGAUAGUGGGAGAAUAGGAGCAGAUGAAGAAAUUGAUGACAUGAAAGGAAGGUCUAUAGAAGAAAUAGAAGAAGUUCAGGCAGAAAAAGAAGCGAAAACUCGUGCCAUUCUUCUGGAAAUGGUGGGAGACUUACCAGAUGCAGAGAUCAAGCCGCCAGAAAAUGUGCUGUUUGUUUGUAAACUGAAUCCUGUGACCACAGGUGAAGACCUGGAGAUAAUAUUUUCACGGUUUGGUCCCAUUAAAAGCUGUGAAGUGAUUCGAGACUGGAAGACUGGGGAAUCUCUUUGUUACGCUUUCAUUGAGUUUGAAAAGGAGGAAGACUGUGAGAAGGCUUACUUCAAAAUGGACAACGUGCUGAUCGAUGAUAGGAGGAUACAUGUGGAUUUUAGCCAGUCAGUUGCAAAGAUUAAAUGGAAGGGAAAAGGUGGGAGGUAUACCAAGGAUGAUUUCAAAGACUAUGAGAAGGAACAUGACAAGCCUUCAAAACUUGCUCUGAAAGAGAAGGUGAAACCAAAGCAAGAUGCCAAGUAUGACCUUGUGCUGGAUGAAGAUGUAGAAGAAUCUCAAACAAGUCAGUCGCACGUGGCUAAAAAACAAAAGAAGAAAAAGCACCAUCACUCUGACGAUGAAGAAGAUGACAAGAGGACCAAAAAAUCUAAGGAUUCUGAUCGAAAGCAUGAAGGAGAACGCUGCAGAGAGAGGACGAAGAGUGAGAAGAAAGACAGGCAUCGGAGUCGCAGCCGUUCUCAGGAGAGAGAUUACACUUACAGCAAACAAAAAGACAAAUACAGAGAUGACUAUCGAACAAGAGACUGGGACAAAAAAGCAGACAGAAGCAGAAGUCCUAAGAAAUCAAAAGACAAAGAGAGGUCCAAGUACAGAUGAAGGAUAAGGAAAAGAAAGAGUGCAACUAGAAUAUGUUUUCUUCUAGCAUUUCCAACAUUCUGUCAAAUGGAUGUGCAGUUACUGGAUAAAAGCAGUUGCCUUCUGUUGGCAGCUUGACUAUAAUUCUAUGAAUGCCCAGUGUAUAACUGUCAGAGUAAGCCCUGAUUCCAAAAAGGUGGUUUAAAUAAAAUAUUUCACAUUAGUG